AUGCAGGACAUUAUUGACCAUUUACCCAAAUUGCCUGAAAUCCAACAACAAAAACUAACCAUUCCCGAAUUUGACGAAAUAGAAGUCAAAGCAACUGACUCAGUAGAAAUAAAGAAGUUCAUACGAAAGGUAAAUUAUGAAUUCCUUGGUUUUCAUUGCAACCAUAAGGUUAUGGACAAAGAUUGCGACAUGGUAUAUAAGAACAUCUCUGACCUUUACAAAUCCGAAGAAUUUAAGACCUACGACAACUUUGUUUCGUUAGUUGCAAAAUGUGUUUGGGAAAUAAGAGAUAAAGAUAGUAGGGGUAAGGUAUGGAACGAACAAAUAAAACCCGCUAUGUUCGAGAUGAAGAAAACCAUUGACGCCUUAGUUGUUUUAGCAGGUAAGGUUUCAGAAUAUAACGCAAAAAUGAACCCGCAAUGUUCUAAAUGUAAAGCAGCAAUGAGGAAAUAUAACUACUCCGUCAAAGAGAUAGAACGUAUGAGAAACGACUAUGCAGACUUAAAGAAAGAAGCAGAAAAGCCAGCAGAAGAUAAAAUGGACAUGUUAGCAUUUCUGAACAAAAACUAUCCAACUGCAGAAGAUUUCCUUCUAUCUGAUGUCAAGAAGAAGUAUAAAGAAACUUUCGGUAUCGUUAAAACAUUCGAUGUACUGACAGAAGAAAUAGAAGCUACAAAAUUGUUUAGAGUCAUGAACCAUCGCAACAUAUACCAUGUAAAACGCUUGUAA